CGCGGGUUGCUUAUUCCGCCCCUGUUCAUUCAGCAGAUAGUUCAGUGAACUGUGCGGGGAUUUUUGUAACCUUAGCGUCACCGAAGAGACAAUUAAACACGAUUACACGCGUGUGUUAGGCAGAUAAAAGCCGUCAGAAAUGCCACCGCUGAGCUGAGUUUAUUUUAUUUUUAUUUUUUAUAAAUGGAAACGGAGCUAGGUAACGUUUUCACCCAACGCCACACACUAAUGUUCGCGUUUUGUCAUUUUUAAACCAACAAUGGCAAGUUUGGCCAGUGGACCUCUGUAGGCUGGCGUUAAAAAGCGACAGUGGACGAUGUCUCUUCGGCUUUUUUCGUGGUUGUUGCCAUUGCUCCUCUAUCUCUUCUUCAGACAUGAACUUCCAGCAGCUGAGGCAGGUCCGAUACCCAGUGCUGCAAAAACUUUAGUAUGGGGACCUGGACUGGAGACAGACAUUGUCCUCCCUGCAAGAUUUUUCUACAUACAGGCGGUGGACAGCUCGGGGAGAAAUUUAACAACAUCGCCUGGUGAGAAGACUUUUGAGGUGAAGAUUGUGUCUACAGUAGAAGAUUUCACCAGGAUUUGGAUCCAGGUCCUGGAUCGUCAGGACGGCUCCUUCCUGGUUCGCUACAGAAUGUACGCCACCUACAGGGACAUUCACAUCCACGUUCUGCUCAAGAACAAACAUGUCGCCAAGUCGCCAUUCAUUCUCAAAGGACCGGUCUACCAUGAGGGCUGUGACUGUCCUGAGUCUAGUGGUUCUGUAUGGGAGGCAAACAUGCAUUGUCCUCAGUCCUUCCCCCAGAUAGACAGGGACCUGGCUCUCUAUGCUAGUGUCGACCCAGAUCGUAACGCACAGGAGAUCCCCCAACGCUUUGGACAAAGACAAAGCCUCUGUCAUUACACCGUUAAAGACAAUAAGGUCUACGUUCAAACAUUUGGAGAGCAUGUGGGUUUCAGAAUUUUUAUGGAUUCCAUCCUCCUGUCACUUUCCAGAAAGGUGUGGCUCCCUGAUAUAGAGUUUUUCGUUAACCUGGGUGACUGGCCGUUGGAGAAGAGGAAACCCACCGAGAACAUUCAUCCUAUCUUUUCCUGGUGUGGCUCUAACAAUACCAGAGAUAUUGUCAUGCCUACCUAUGACCUGACUGAGUCUGUCCUUGAGACUAUGGGAAGAGUAAGUCUGGACAUGAUGUCCGUGCAGGCCAACACAGGACCACCGUGGCCAGAGAAGAAUGCCACAGCCUUCUGGAGGGGCCGGGACAGUCGUCAGGAACGUCUGGAGCUGGUCAAGCUUUCGAGGGCUCAUCCUAACAUGAUAGACGCUGCCUUUACCAACUUCUUCUUCUUCAAGCAUGAUGAGAGCCUCUACGGGCCGCUGGUCAAACAUGUUUCUUUCUUUGACUUUUUCAAGUACAAGUACCAAAUAAACAUCGACGGCACUGUGGCAGCGUAUCGACUGCCUUACCUGUUGGCGGGAGACAGCGUGGUGUUAAAGCAGGAUUCUAGCUACUAUGAGCAUUUCUACAAUGAGCUUCGGCCAUGGGAGCACUACAUCCCAAUCAGGGCGGACCUCGGAGACCUACUGGAAAAGAUCCAGUGGGCUCGUGAUCAUGAUGAAGAGGUAAAGAAAAUUGCACUGGCGGGUCAGCAGUUUGCUCGCAAUAAUCUAAUGGGAGACAGAAUAUUUUGUUACUACUACAGACUUUUCCAGGAGUAUGCAAAACUUCAGGUCACAGAGCCCAAGAUUCGUGAGGGCAUGGAGCAUGUAGAGCAGCCCAGUGAUGACCUGUUUCCAUGUUACUGCCACAGGAUGAGGCCAAAAGAUGAACUCUGAUUGACCUGUCAUCCAGCCACAGAACAAUCCUUCAUAUACUGCCAAAUCAUUUUUUACAGCGUGGAUUAAUUGUAUGAAUGUAUUAUCACAUUAUCUCAUUUUUUUAAAUAAAAAUGUUCUAUUUGUA